GCUUAUAACACUAGUGAUCAUCAAUCAAUAUUCUUCAUAAUUUUCUCCGAUUUUUCGUUCGUAUAUAUCUAUAUAAUUUUGGUCAUACGUAUCCAUUAAUUAUUUGUAUCGAUCGAUAUAGAGCUAGCUAUGGAUAGAAUAGGUGACUUGGCAUCAAAGAAGGCAGCAGUAAUAUUCACAAAGAGUUCAUGUUUUAUGUGUCAUAGUAUUAAAGCACUAUUUUAUGAUAUUGGAGCAAGUCCAGCAAUUCAUGAACUUGAUGAAGAUCCAAAAGGGAAAGAAAUGGAGUGGGCAUUGAGAAGUUUAGGUUGUAAUCCAUGUGUUCCUGCUGUUUUUAUUGGUGGAAAAUAUGUUGGAUCAUCUAAGGAUAUUAUAUCCUUACAAGUUGAUGGUUCACUCAAACAAAUGCUCAUUGAUGCCAAAGCUAUUUGGUUAUAACUAAAAAAAAAAUACACUACUAGAAAUCAAUCAAUUAUUUUUGAUCGCGUUCCGAUCGAAAACUAUCAAAAAAGCACCCGUCUGAGAUGUUUUUAUCGAUGGGAAUUCGGUCGAAAAUCGUCGGAAAAGCACUCGAGAUGUUUCUGACGGUGUUUCGAUCGGAAAAGCACUAGAGUGAGAUGUUUACUACAGGAAAAAUGUGAAUUACAUGGGGAUUUUCUUAGGGAUUAGUAUGAAAAUCAGCAAGAAACUU